UAUUCUCAGGACGGGGAGGGGGGGUGGAUGGGUUCAUCGGGUUCAUGUAGUACUGGACGCCGUCCUUCUCCCAUUCUAGGUUGUCUGCCUGCUUCGGUAAAAGGGCUAGCUUUAAGGCAAGUGGGGGUGAUGGAAGUUUGCGGUGGAAAGGGCUAAACAGUCGAGCUUGACCUUUUAUCCGGGACACAGAAACUCGGAUCAGCUGGUGACUCCAAACUAGCUGCCAUCUUUAGGUCAUUCGAGGCAUCUCGCUAACUUGUGUUUGUAGCGCCAGCCCAGCUGUAUGAAUAAGCCUGCUUUAUUCGUCUAUUAGGGAUGGGGGGGAUCGCUUUGUCCUGUGCUGUCUAGUGGUGGAAUAGAAAUCAUGAUGGCUGAUGGAUGUUGCAGAGGGAUGGAAAGAGGCAGGGGUAAGAUUGCAUCAGAUUCUUUACCGAGACCCACAUAUCCUCAGCAGUAUGUCCAGACCGGCUCGCAGCAGCAGCAGUGCAACGACAUCCAGGAGCUGGCCUCCAAACGCGUCGACAUCCAGAAGAAGCGCUUCUACCUGGAUGUGAAGCAGAGUGUCCGGGGACGCUUCCUGAAAAUAGCCGAGGUGUGGAUCGGGAGAGGCCGCCACGACAACAUCAGGAAGAGCAAGCUGACGCUGUCCAUGUCCAUGGCUCCCGCGCUCCGCUACUGCCUGGGAGACUUCAUCGAUUAUUACGCCCGUAUCGGACUGCGGGGGGGCCUCGCGCCUCCGCAGCUCGAGGAGCACAGCAGCAGCAACGGCCAGGGCCGCGCGCGCGACUCCCGCCGGAGAGGACAGGAGCCGCACGCGGGGCUGUCCCCGGACGGCUCCGCGGUGUCCGACGACCAUGCCCACCGCGUCCUCAAGAGCGAGUUGAUCGAGAGAGACAACAGGAAGUACUUCCUGGACCUGAAGGAGAACCAGCGGGGCCGGUUCCUCCGCAUACGGCAGACCGUCAGCAGAGGAGCCGGCACCAUGGGCUACUACGGCCAGGGCAUCGAGCAGACCAUAGUGCUGCCCGCGCAGGGGCUCAUCGAGUUCCGGGACGCGCUGUCGCAGCUCAUCGAAGACUACGGCGACGAAGAGAGCGACGAGCGCGGCGGCCGAACCGGGUCCAUGAGGAACCAGGACGACAACCCCGAGCUUCCCGAGGCUGCGUCCUUUCGGGUGGACAAUAAGAGGUUUUACUUCGACGUCGGUUCCAACCGCUACGGUAUCUUUUUAAAAAUUAGCGAGGUGCGGCAGCCGUACAGGAACACCAUCACCGUGCCCCUGAAGGCCUGGACCCGGUUCGGGGAGAACUUCAUCAGGUACGAGGAGGAGAUGCGGCGGAUUUUCUCCUGUCAUAAAGAGAAGAGGACAGACGCACGGCAGGACAGUGAGGACCAGGAGGACUGACCUUGGCAAACCAGAAUGGUGUGCUGGAUGUCAGUGGUGGAACCCUCAUGAAAGAGAUAUUGUUGGGAAGUUUUGUCGGACUGCAGUGCUAAAAAGAUUCUUGAGAAAGCUGAGUGGGACUUUUAUUAUUUGUGUAAAACGAAUGACCCUGACUUAAAAGAAGAACAAAUUAACCCUCACUUUUCUUCGUCCAAAAUCUAAAUAAAUAUAUAAAUAAAUAUAUAGCUAGAUAGAAAGAUAAAAUCUGUAUUUAUAAAAAUGUUAGUCUUUUAUUUGCAUAAUAAAAAGUGGGUAACAAUAUAUUCAUAUUUGUUAUGUGUUUCCCUUAAAGAGGCAUACUGGUGUUUUGCUUUUUAUCCCCUUAUUAAUAAGUCAUAUCCUUUUUAUAUUACUGCUGAGCUUUUUCUAAAGCAUGCCACCAGAUUGGAUUGAGUUCAACCCUCUGACCCAGAAGACAAACAUUAAGAUAACAGACGAUUAAAAAAGUGAAACUUCUUGGCAUUAAAAAGAUUGCCUUUUAGCUACAGCAGCCAGACAACUCUGCAAUGUGUAAUGGCCGAGCAUCGUUUAGCGUGCGUGACGUCAUGGCGUGUGCGUUCUUCCAGUGCGUGUCACGUAGAAAAGAUAACAUGGGAAACGCUGCUAAAAUAGCAAAAAGCUGUUUGCAAUCAACCGCGCAGACUAAAAGAGAUAGAAUUCCCUGUGCGAUUGUUAGCAACGUUUCAGGUGCACUCACUUUCAGGUUUUUCUCCAAAUAAAGUGGUUUCGGUCAUCUGGAUCAUCACACGUUCUCAAUUUCCCUAUAGUAAGUGUGACAUCACAUGGGUCUUUCCAUGAAACUUCCUAGUCAAAUUGUUCAGAAAUGUUGGACCUGUAAAAGCAAGGCGUUUGCAUGACUUACUGACAUCCAUCUAAAAGGCAAUCUAAAAGCUAGAGCGUGUAAUUAGAAAUUUAAAUUUGAGUAGUGAACACCCUAACCCUCUGUAUCUUCCUCAGUGACAGAGAACAGCAGCUGUGGUCAGCUUGACUUGACCGUGACAUUGGAUUCCAAUCAGGGUUCAAAAUGAACUUUUUUCGUCCACCAGCCAAAACAGCUAGAGAAUGCUGAAAUUUGACCAGCCACUCAAUAGAUGACCGUUGUUUUUUUUUUGGCUGGUGAGUGAUGCAAAUUUACCAGCCACUUGCAUUAUUUUACCAGCAUUUGGCUGGUAGAUGGAGCUAAUUUUGAACCCUGAUUCCAAUGGUGGCAAGAUCAGUGGAAUCAGCGGAGAACCAGGGUCAACAACGUGUUUAAGCUUAACUGAAUUUAACAUACAUUUAAGUUUUGUUUUGCCAAAGCAGCCCUAUGUGCUCCUAUUUCUCUUCUUUGACACGUACAAAAAAAAAAUCGUAUGUCACCGUCCACUGGCUAAAUUUUAGCCACAUGACACGGUCUUGAUAUGACCGGUUAUAGAUCCGCUGAGGGAGAGACGUGAAAUUCAGAUGACGCCGUCAUAAGUAUAAAAGCACAACAAGCAAGCAGUGCGUUCAGCCAGAGAUUGACCACAGCUGCUCUUCGCCGCACUCAGGAAAGUACAAACAGUAGCUGAGUGUUUGACUCACAGAGAACAGAUUUUGGGGUUGUUACUUUGAAGUGAUAAAUAGCAUACAUACACGCUGCUGGUGUGCUCCUUUCUGUCUUGUGAGUCAUUUUUUUUGAGUGGACAGUCAGCAGAGAGCUAGAGCAGAAGGGCUACAGGAUGUUGGACUUUGAUGGAAGGACUGAACUGUUAACACAGAUCUAACAUUUCCAACCCUGACGCCUUAAAGCACCUUUACGAUUUGACUGUAUCUUUGCUUAUUUGAAUCCAUUUGUUACAGCAAAUACGGAAAUUAUACAAAAGUCCACUUCACAUGUAUUACUGUAACUUUUGGAUGGCAUAGUCACAUCCAGGAUAAAAACGGAUCAAAGUACCGAGCUGGGAUUCACCUGGACAAAGGUGACAAUGUGUGGCUGUGCAGGUGGAGUGAUGUGAAUGUAUGCACACUGAAGAAGACGUUCUGGUUUGCUGUUUAGUUUUGCCUUCUGUUCACCAUCCGUGUUGGAUGUGGGAAAUGUAGAGAUGUAGCUGUUUGGUAAUCAUUUAAAAAAAAAAAAACUGAAGUGAAUAAUGGAAAUGUGAAAAGGUGUAUAUUUAAAUACAUGUAAUGUAAUACAUUGGUGUGUCCUAUUAGUCCUGUAGAGUAAGACUUAAAAAAACAAGGUUUUGUACUCUAGCACUUUCUUUAAUGUGUACUGUAUUAGUUCAUCUUCUACAUGUAAAAGUACUGUAUGAAUAUUCAUUACUUGCCUUGUAAUGUUCGAAACGAAAUGGUAACCAAGAAAACUAUGUUUUUAGAGUGUAUGCAUGCCAAUGGUUGGGUCCCAGUAUAACAGGAAAACUAUAUGAAAAAAUGGUGCUAUGUUACAUUAUAUAAAGGUGCUUCUAUGGACCCUAGCUGAAUGCAUGCAAAGAGGAACUAUCAAAAGAAGAAGAAAAAAAAGAGAAAAUGGAUGUCUUACUGCUGUUCUCGAAUGAGUGCUGCCUUCCAAAGAUGUCGGAGAAUUUGGAAAAAUUCAACUUUCUUUUGCUUAAAAUGCAACAGCCCUUCAAGUAUCCAUGUAUCCAAACUAGGCAUGGGCUGGUAUAAGAUGCUGAUAGUGUGAUAACUUUCAGCAAAAAUAUCCCGGUUUCGCGGUAUUGUGGUAUUGCAAAUACAUAUAUAUAAUAAAUAUAUUUUGAAAUGUCUGGGUAACAAAAACCAACUUUCCCCCCCACUGAACAAAGUGUAUUUUAUUUUAAAACACACUGGCAGGGGGAGGGAUUUCUAAACUGCACUUUCUGUCCGUGACCAUUCAUAAAAAACAUCUCAUACAUUAUACAUUAGUAUGACGAAAAAUUUGAGUGGUUUUGAAACUGUGACUUUUCUAAUCCGCGGUAUACCUUGAAACCGGUAACCGGCCCAUGCCUACUCCAAACAUACAUGUAGAGUUUGUUGGGAAGGAGCAUUUUAACUCGGAGAAAGAAAGUUUUAGCGGAGCAUAAACUCGGACACGGAGCGUGUUAUUACACUCUGUCAGCUGGGAAUUUCUGACCGAAGACCAGAAAUGGAAUGCAUAGUAGGUGGUAGAUCUCCUACCUGAUCACAAACAGUGAAGUCUAACUGUAAAUGUCGUCUUUUCCAGACUCCACAGCUCUAAGUUUGAUAAGGUCCUGAGUCUGUUAGUAGCCCCUGAGCCACAGUGACUAAACAUGGAAAUUGGCCAGUUUCAUAAAGUGAGUCAAACUUAAAGAAGCAGUCAGUCACCAGGUGGUUUCUGUUUUUAAGAAAAGAAAAAUGUCAUGUCUAUUUACAGUUACACUGCCUUUGUGACAAAGGUCUAAAAGAUCUAUAGACAAUCUCAAUGACAUCAUUUUGUACUCUUAAUUCUUCAGAUGUUUAUGUGUUUUUUUUUCAUGUAUAGGACGGCAGAGUUAUAGGACGUCAAACAUAAAUAUAGUGUUGGAAAGUUCGGAGUUGUUUGAGUGUGGAAGACUUUGUGCUGAUUGUUGCUGGAAAAGAAUUUGGAAAAAAAGAAAAUGUGUAUGUUUAUUGGUUGUACUGAUCAUCUUUGUUUUUAUGUUGCUCAUUAAA